GCUGCCAUUCGGCUUCUUUCACCUGUUCUGUUGCCAUCACACUCACUUCCGCGCCCAUACGUUCAGCUUCCGCAACUAACUGCUCUUUCUCUGCAAGUGCCGUUACCUGCUGUUUAUUCGCUAUAUCAAUCUUCCGAUCCUCGUCGGUUAAGGCAACCUGUAAUUCCUGAUUAAUACGGGUUUGCUCCACCAUCAAGGUUUUAGCAAUCUCGGCGAGUGAAACCUGUCGUACUUGGUCGAUUUGUGCGGUUUCGAUGACGAGGUUCUUCUCGAUUUCACGCUGUUGGACCUGUUGUUCUUGACUGAAGCGUUCCGUUUGCACCGCCAACUCACGUUGGAUGUC